AUGCUCGUCCGCCUGCGUUGUCUCGCGCACCGAGUUAACACCCCUCUCUCCAUCCCACGAUACUUCGCGACGAAGACAGGAAGCCGAAUACCAGCCAAACCGCCACCCUUCCCUACGAUAUCUACGUGCCCCUCGCCAACUUGCCAAUGCGCGCCCACGCCGGACCUUGACAUUGAUCAUGAUGCCAACCUGAAUGGCGUCAUCACAGGCUAUGCAGAGCAAAUACUCGUUUGCACCGGGAAAGAUGACUGGCAGAGCAAGAUCGAGGACGAGAAUGGAUUAGCGGCACGACUGAAAGGCGUCUUUGGCCGAGGCGGCGCGUUCAGUGAUCCAUUCUGGAACGUGUCGACGCUGAAUGCCUCGUUCCACAGUACGAGCCCGAAUGAGGACUCGGUAUACUUACUGCCGUCUUUCAAAUACAUACCAAAACUAUCACGGACGGACGACGGCGAUAUCAAAGCCAUGGCGAAGGGGUUUGUGUUACCGAGAAGGCUUAACGCUAUGCACGACGGACUGCCCGCGCAGCAACGAGAGGCCUUGCUACGAGAUAACUCCUACCAGAGCAAGCUGGAAGGUGUGAGCGACGUGAAGGAUGUUUUGGUUCUGAUAUGCGGUCAUGGAGGUCGUGACGAGCGAUGUGGUAUUCUAGGGCCCAUCUUGCGGACAGAAUUUGAAGAUAAACUGCGCUCUGGAGGCUACGUGGUGCACAAGGAGGCCGUGUCGGCUGCAGGAGACACCGGCGGAACGGCGACCGCUGCGAGGGUUGGCUUGAUAAGCCACAUUGGCGGCCAUAAAUUUGCGGGCAAUGUCAUCAUUUACAUACCACCGACGUUGAAGGACCAUCCCCUGGCAGGAUGCGGGAUAUGGUAUGGGCGUGUGGAACCGAAGCACGUCGAAGGCAUCGUCAACGAGACGGUUGUGAAAGGGAAUGUAGUGGAAGACAAAUUUAGAGGCGGGAUAGACUCGGAUAGACGGAUCCUGAGAUUAUGA